AUGUCUCUCUCCAGCUGCAACAGGCGAGGAGCGCGGCCCUUUCUUGCAGAUUUUGGCUAUGGAAGGGGGAAGUGCGCUAAGCAAGGUCCAGCGGGAGCGCAGGAGACACGUUUUGGAGACGAUAAACUGGAGGACCUAGAGGCGAACCCGUUCUCCUUCAAAGAGUUCCUGAAAACGAAGAGCCUCAGCCUGUCGAAAGAGGACACGGCCAGCGGCAGGAUCUACCCGAAGGAGGCCCCUAGGCACCCCCUGGGACUUGACCUCAGCUCCCCUGCGCCCUCGACGGGGGGCUAUGGCCUGGAGUACCAACAGCCAUUCUUUGAGGACCCGACGGGGGCGGGCGACCUCUUGGACGAGGAGGAAGACGAGGACGGGUGGAACGGGGCCUACCUGCCGUCGGCGGUGGAGCAGACCCACGCCUCCAGGGCGGCCGCCAGCACGUCCCCCGCCAGCAGCACCUACGUGUCCUUUUUCACCCCGUCGGAGCUGGCGGGGCCCGAGUCGCUGCCCUCCUGGACACUGAGCGACUCCGACUCCCGCGUCACCCCGGUGGGCAGUCCCGGCGCAGACUUUGCGCCCCACGGGGAGUCUCUGGGGGACCGUCACCUCCGGACACUGCAGAUAAGUUACGAAGCCUUGAAGGACGAGAACGCCAAGCUGAGGAGAAAACUGACUGAAGUGCAGAGCUUCUCGGACACGCAGACCGAAAUGUACGUGAGCACCGAGCCGGGCGGCCCGUGCCUGGGGCCACCUGCAGGCCCGCCUGGCCUGCGCUCGCCCCAGCGCCCCGUGCUUGCCCCCGCAGACGCGCCCUGCCGCGAGGACUCGGACGCCGCCGGCCCCCCAGUCUCGGAAGAAGAGCCUUGGGGUGAAGCUAGCAACGACGAGGACGACCCCAAGGAGAAGGCUCUCUCCGAAGACCCGGAGACGUGCCUGCAGCUGAACAUGGUCUACCAGGAGGUCAUCCAGGAGAAGCUGGCCGAGCUGGGCCUGCUGCUGGCUCAGAACCGGGAGCAGCAGGAGGAGCUGGCCUGGGGCCUGGCCGGGUCCAGGGGCCCCAAGGGGAAGGACGGCCGGAGCCUGCCCCCGCACACCUACAUCGGGCACUUCAUGAAGCCCUACUUCAAGGACAGGGCCACCGGCGUGGGGCCUCCUGCCAACGAAGACACGCGGGAGAAGGCGGCCCAGGGCAUCAAGGCUUUCGAGGAGCUUCUGGUGACCAAGUGGAAGAGCUGGGAAAAGGCCCUGCUGAGGAAGUCGGUGGUGAGCGGCCGCCUGCAGCGCCUGCUUCAGCCCAAGCUCCUGAAGCUCGAGUACCUGCACCAGAAGCAGGGCCGCGCCACCAGCGAGGAGGAGCGUCAGGCCCUGGGGACACAGGCCAGGGAAGCCGAGCGUGAGGUCCAGGAGAUAAACCAGCUCUCCGAGGAGGCCCUGCUGGGGGACAGGCUGGACAGUCACGACUGGGAGAAGAUCGCCAACGUGGCCUUUGAAGGGGCACGGGGCGCAGAGGAGAUCCGGAAGUUCUGGCAGAACAGCGAGCACCCCAGCAUCAACAAGCAGGAGUGGGGCGCGCAGGAGGUGGAGCAGCUGAAGGCCCUCGCCGCCCAGCACGGGCUCCUGGCCUGGCAGAGGGUCGCCGAGGAGCUGGGGACGCACCGCAGCGCCUUCCAGUGCCUGCAGAAGUACCAGCAGCACAACCCGGAGUUGAAGCGCAGGGAGUGGACGGAGGCCGAGGACCGCGCGCUCCGCCAGCUGGUGCAGGAGAUGCGCGUGGGCAGCCACAUCCCCUACCGCAGAAUCGCGUACUACAUGGAGGGCAGGGACUCCGUGCAGCUCAUCUACCGCUGGACCAAGAGCCUGGACCCUGGCCUGAAGAAGGGGUCCUGGACACCCGAGGAAGAUGCGAAAUUGCUUCGGGCAGUCGCCAAGUACGGGGAGCAGGAUUGGUUUAAGAUCCGGGAGGAGGUGCCAGGUAGGAGCGAUGCCCAGUGCCGAGAUCGGUGAGUCGGACAGCACUGGGCGUGGCCUGCGGGCUCGCUGGUGCUGAGUGCUGGGGGGCAUGCGGGAGGC